AUGAAGUUCCUGUCUUGUGCCGCAUUGGUCUUCGGCCUCUUGGCUUCGGCCGAGGCUGCUAGAGGGAGGCCAUCCCGUCGUCCCGGUGCGGACAACACCACUGUCCACAAAUUCAAGCCUUCCCGCCGUCCCGGUGCGGACGUCGGUCGCCGCAAGAACCUCGUCCCCAAGAAAAAGGUGCAGCUUUCGUACGGAGCCGCCGCAGAUGGCGUCCCAGGUUCCAUCGACAUGAAGCUUGCCCUCAACAACCCCGCUGUUGUCCUAGAAGACGUCGACGACGUUUCUGGAGCCGUAUGCGGAGAUGGGUUCGUUACUGUAUCUUUCAGCAACAAGGAAGGCCUCGACGAGGCCCUGGAGGACUGGACCGAAGACAAGGCCUUUAUCCUGAUCACGAACCAUCUGGGUAACUGCGAUGCCGAGUUCGAACGUGGCUUCUUCUUGGCCAAUGGCUUUGAGGCAAAUACCAAGGACUUGACUAUUAAAGUCAGUGCUGCUAAGCAGGGGAUUGAGCAGGUCGCGACCAAUUUGCAGAUGAAUUUCACUUCUAUCCCUGGAGGGACAGUCACAAAGCGAACAGUUUAUGACCCCAGCGUGUCCCUCACUCUUUCCAAGGGACUUGACCCCAACACGGUCUUGUACACCGACAAUAAAUAUUUCACUCUCACCGCGAAUGAGGCCGGGUUCACCAGCACUGUUACAUUCUCCGGGUAUAUCGACUACAACUUCUUGCUUUGGAAAGUCGAGGACCUCCAUUUCGACAUUGACACCACCUUCAACGCCGGGGUUACCCUUUCGGCCGAUGUCCUGGCCUCGUAUUCCAAGACGCUGAAGUUUUCUCCUGGCAGUCUCUCUUACGACUUUGUAUCCGUCCCCGGAAUUGUCAAGGUUGGUCCGGGCAUCGAUUUCGGCAUCGGAUGUGUCUUUGAUGCCUCCGCCGCCGUUGGUGUCACUGCCUCAGUGGAUGUCGGAAUCCCCAAGGGCAAUGUCCACCUUGACUUCCUCGACAGCUCCAAGACCACCACCUCGGGAUGGGUUCCCAAGUACAGUGCUACGGCCAACAUCACGGAGCGCGCCCGUGUUGGCCUUGACGCCAGCCUUGACCUCACCCUCGAGCUCGCUGUUGAACUCCUCGCCGGCCUCGUUGACCUUUCCGCUGGUGUCACCGCUACUCCCGGAUUCGACAACAAGUUUGUCCUCCUUGGUAACCAGGGUGCUGGUAUCCAAGGUCGCGAAGCGGAGUCCGAGUAUAACGCUCUCACUGUUCGAAAUGACAACCCUGUUCUCGACCCUCGUCAAGAGCUCGCUUGCGCCAAGACCAACGGUGUUCAACUUACCACGGACUUCUACUUUAAGGUGCGCGCCUUUGCCACUCAGUGGUGGGAGAAGGAGAUUUACAGCUUUACCAAGCCUCUCUUCAAGUACUGCUAUGCUUGCUUUGGGGAAGUUCUUAUUUUCCCCGACGUCUCCACCGAGCAUGACGUCAAUGCUGGCGCGGUCCAGGACAUGAGAAGCAGAGGGAUUGUCGAUGUGAUGAGCCACGCAAUUCAGAGCACAGAUGGCGGAACUCCGCCCUCAACAGCACGAACUCGUAUCGAAUCCACUCUUGACUGCGAGGUGUCCGAUACCGAGAAAAUCUCCGAGGCCGUGUCCCAGAGCACCGUCAUUGUCUCUCUCCUCGGACCCAAUCUGCUUCGCAGCUUCGACCCAUCCACAUACACCGAUUUUUACAAGAAUCUCUUCCCGAUUAUGAAGCAGCACAACGUGCGUCGGAUUUUCGCCAUGGGUACCUUUUCCAUUUUCCGCCCAGAAGAUCACUUCUCCAUCACCCGCUACCUCCUUGUGGCUCUCGUGUACACCAUCGCGAACCGAGGAUGGCAGACGGCGACGGGCAUAGGCCGUACGUUCCAGGACCACGGAGAGGGGUUGGACUGGACCGUAUUUCGCAUUGGGGGUAUUCCUGGAGGCCAUGACGAGGAAUCCUGGAAGCGGGAUCGCGAGGAUGGAGAGGCGUUCGAGGGUGCUGUUGGAGAAAAAGGAUGGUCGAGUUCGCAAAGGCGAGGAGCGCUGGCCCGGUGGCUCGUCGAUGCUGUAGAGGAUGGGAAGAGCCAAUGGAUUGGAAAGAUGCCUGCCGUCAGUCGACUCUAUGGAAGUAAGAGAAAAGUCGACUAA